GCCCCGUGUCAUGUGAUGCUAUGCGGAAGCAGUAAGCGUCUUGUGUACUCUAACGUUACAUGGGUUAGUGUGGUCUAUUUUAGCGUCGAACGGGUGAUUUUCAGUAGAAAAGUCGGCGGUAUUUGAGCUGGUAUAAAGAGUCGACAUGGGUGUGUCACAACUGGAGGAGUCUUCUCUGUUACUGGACGAAAAGCUGCUCCGUUUCAUGGACCAGCUGGAGUUACUGGAGGAGAAACGAGCCGCCCUCAACUCUCUUAUAGAGCAGGGAUGGUUCUCCAUUUCCAAGGCUCGAUAUUCCAUGGGAAACAAACACGUCUCUGCACUUCAGUAUGCGAGUGAGAUAGAGCCACUGGUCUGUGUUCAUGCCAGAACACUGGACAGUGGUGAGGUGGAUUUCUGCUCAGAAAGGGUCAAACAAAAGUGUAGUAAUGAGGCUGGAAAAGAUGCUAAGUCAAUAGAGGAUAUUGGACCUCAAGAAGAAGGUUUUCUUUCUACAGGUGUCAGGAGAAGAAUCAAACCAAAAAAGGAUACCACAGAGAAAGAGGCGAGUGAAGAAGCAAGCAGUGAGAAAGCUCCUGAAGUUACUCCAGUGAGGAAAAUUGAGCAGAAUCCUCAGCAAGAUCCGCUGAAGUGGUUUGGGAUUCUGGUGCCACAGUCUCUUAAACAAGCGCAGUCAUCAUUCAGGCAAGUGAUCGAGCUGUCAGCUGAGAUUGCAACCCUUCAGACUGCAGUGUUGAACACCAGACGGGAGCUGCAGCACAGCAUGAAAAACAAACACAGUCUCCAGGAGGAAGCCUUAGCAGCCCAGUUGGACCAAGUGGCAGACUAAAUAACUCUGUGGAGUCAAAGCUGGAGAUGAUCUGAGAAGAGUGUGUAGCCACAGAGAGUGACAGGUUGGAGUCAGUAGAUUGUGCUUGAUGGCCAAAUGAACUCAAAAGUGGAGAUUACAGAUUGUUCUGUAAUGACUUUGGGACUUCAUAGUAGUAGAUUACAUUUCAUCUUGUGUGUUUUUGACUGUCUCACUGUUAGAUGUGUGGCCUGUUUGAGAUGGAUGUGUUUGUGGAUGCUGGGUUUUAGGAUUUAAAUUAAAUCUGUGUUGUAGACUGUAAAAUUAAUUUAUAAAGAUAAACAGAACCUGUUUGAAUUUUUUUCAAUAAAAGGCCAUUACGAUUUCUAACAAGA